UCAAGUAGCCAGAGAUAGCAGACACAUCUGUCAGGUGCCCACACUUACCCAACACGACCAGCAUGGCGAAGGUUGUCCUGUACCUGGCUCUCUUUUCUCUAGUAGCAGUGAUAUCCUAUGGAGCCCCCGAGCGGCGGGGCGUGUGUCUGUCUAUGUGUGGGCCCUACGGAGUGAAGUGCCCCAGUGGUUACGACUGUAAAGGAAAUGGGUGUGGCCACCAGUGUUACAGAUCCCCAGACUACGUCCAACCCGAGGGCUGUGUGCUCCGCUCCUGUCCCGGGCAAUGUCUUCUCGGAUUUACCAAAGACUCCCAGGGCUGCGACACAUGUGAAUGUGAUUACUCCGCGCUACAUAGUUCUAACCAAGGAGCCUAAUCAGCCAAGCAAGGCUACAUUAUUCGAAUGACAAAGAUGGGCUCUAUUUACAUGUGAGCAUUAUGUUUACGUGAAUAAAUGAAUAGUCAAAUUUAAAGGC